AUGUUCGACAUCUGUGGAUUCUCAAAAAACACUCUAACCGAUUGCUACUCCAUUUUCCACAGCAUAGUCGUCUUCCUCCUUGUCACCGUCCACUUUUUCUACCUAAUUUUCGCCGAAAUCAACUAUUUGAAUUUUCUCAUCGCCGGUGGAUUGCUCAUCUUCAUUUCGAGCUCUACAUUGCUCAUUUUUGGGUUCUAUUGCGUUUUGAAGAAGUUUCUGGGAUGGUUGAAAGUCAAAAAGACGACCAAAAAUCAAGUUUUUAUGAUUUUCCUCUUUUGGGUUACUGUAGUUUUGGAAUUGCUCCAAGAGUACUGGUUUUUUGGUUUUAUGGACAGACAGAGUUUCGAGUGCAAAAUCUGCUUCAACGAAUAUUCUGAAAAUCGUCUUCCCCGUUUCCUAAUCGGUUGUGAUCAUACAAUUUGCCAGGAAUGUGCUCAAAAAUGCUUCGAUUUAAAACACAAAAAGUACAUAACUUGCCCGUUUUGUCAAAUGCCUACUGUAAUUAAAGGAAAUGUUCUCAUUUUGCCAACAAAUCUGGCACUUAUGGAAGUGAUUGAUGAGGUCAAGAAGAAGACUUAA